GCUCUGCUGUCUGAAUUCUCUCUCUCUCUCUCUCUCUCUCUGUGUCUGCUGGGGAAAAAUACGGGAAUGAAUGAAGACAGAAAGGUCUGUGAUUGGUGCAGACACAGCCACCACACCAAAGACUAUGUAGACACUAGUGACAGUGAAAGCAAGCUUCAGUUCUGUAGUAUGAAAUGCCUGAACCAGCAUAAAAUGGAUCGAUUUUACAAAGAGGCUCAGUCUAACCUGCCCGUGGAUGUGACAGACUCUCCGUCCCCUACUAUUGCGAACAAUAAACUGGAGAAUGGAGUGACCCAGCUCAUCACUGCAGAAGCCUGGAAUAUCAAUCCAACAGGACUUAUGAAAAAAGCACUUUCUCCCUUAGUAGCCGUUCCAGCAUCUUCUAUUAUGACGCCGCAAACUGACCCACCAAAUGGAGUAUCACUUAAAGUAGCUGCUACCGUACUGCAACCAAUUUGCUUAGGAGAUAGUCCAAUGGUCCUACCCAUCCACUUGCAAGUGGCUGGGAGCUCAGCACCCCAGAUACCUGCGGGUGGUAACGCACCAUGGGUAAUGACUAAUCAAGGAGCAAUGCCACUGUCUGUGUUACUGGAGCAACACUUGAUUCAGCAUUUAAAUUCUCCUCUGCUGCUGGCUUCACCUACUGCAAGCCCUGUGAACUCUGUCCAGAACCACAUUAUUCAGGGGACGAGUGGGCCUUGCAUUCAGUCCCAAACACUGGGUCAGAAACCUUUAAGUCAAACACAAGAGUAUGACAUUCCCCCUCCUCUUCAAAUCCCUGGAUUUGCUACAGUCCUCCAGGACUUUUUCCCUUCACAUAGCACUGUACCCCCAGUACCAAAUGUCCAACCAGCCCCCGAGAACAUGGCCUCUAGCUUCUCCUCUUCUCCUCACCAGAACUGUGGUGGGCUUUUCUCCCCAUUAGUUCCUCCUGCUACGCUUCUCGUCCCUUAUCCAAUAAUAGUUCCUCUUCCAGUCCCAAUACCCGUUCCCAUCCCCAUUCCCAUUCCUGUGGCCAAGGACCCAGAUCCUGCCAGAUUCACGGAUAUGCCCAGAAAAGCCAGCAGCUCUGGCACCACAAGCAGGAGCACCCAAACGUCAAAUGAGAAAGAAGAACAAAAAGUCUCAGAGUACAUCCAGCACCAAGGAGUGCAAGACUAUCAACAUGUCAACUAUAAGUUCAACACUGAGACUGAGGCGCUGGAUCUAUCCAUGAAGCGAACAUCUGUUGUAAAGAAAAAUGAGUUUUUUUAUCAACAGAUUGAACAGGACGGUGUGCUGGAUCUAUCAGUUGCAGCCCCCAAGAAAAUGAAAGAGAGUCAGAACCUUCCAGGUAAUGCAUCUUCUAAUCUGUCAACUAAUUUGUUGAAUGAGCCCCUGACUCAUUCUAGUGAAGCCUGGUCUAACGCUGUGCCAGUGUUAGGUGCGCAGAAAUUAGAGACGGUGCUACAUGGCACAUCUAAUAGCUGCGAGUUUUCUGGCCAGCCUAAGUGGGUGAUGGAUCAAAACUACGGCAGACUGAGGAAUGACAUGCGAGCCGCUAGUAAUGCUGAAACCCUCAAUAGCACAGACACUGCGAAAGUAAUUGUGUCUGUAAAGGACGCUGGCCCAGCCAUUCUCUGUGGCAAGAUAAAAACUGUUGUUGGGGUGUCUACGAAAAACUUUUCUUACAAGACAGAUCUGUCACAGGAAUCUGUUUUACAAUGUUAUGAUGUCAAAUCACAACUCGAGCUCAGAGACGGCAAAAAAAGUAAUAAAAAUAGAGGCAUAAAAUUAAAGAAAAUGAGUUCGCAGGAUUUCCAUGUUCUUCCAAUAAAAAAACAGCGCCUAGCUGCCUUUUUCGCAAGGAAGUAAAGUUUUCGGUUGUUUGAAAGAACUUCUGGAUGUACAGAGAAAGAAAACCCAUGGAAAAAACUGAAACACAGACAAGAUUGCUGUUAUGAAAUUGAAUCUUGCAGCAAUGACACUUAAUGGAAUAUUUACUUUCAGAGUAUUUUUUGGAAUCAUGCUGACAGUUUGCAUUGGAACAAUUCUGAUUAGUUACCCCUCCACAUCCCUUCAUUCCAACUCCAGGCAAGCAGAAGCAUUCAUAAAACACCCUUAUUGACAAGGUACCUUUCUGACAUAGUACGAAUACGAGUUGCAAGAUGUAUCAUUUCUUGUCCUGAAAUGUUUUGUGUUGAAUCCCUGACUCUGCAGGUGCUAAGUCUCUCCCCUGCUUUGGUUUAAAUGCUUAUGAGAAACAACCUAGAUCACUUCAUCGGAAACCUGUUUAACAUCACAACCUGUUACCAUGUGCUAGGCAUGUUUGGCAAUAAGCACAUUUCAGACCACUCAAAUUGAUGAAGAAUUGUUUCUUUGUUUUUCACUUGUCAAAUUUUUUUUUGGUAUGCCGUUUCUUGGAAUCACUUUUUAUCUGUCCAACUACCAAUCUGAAUCCAUUCAGUACAGUAUAAAUAUGGUAUUUAUUUUUAUUACACCAUGUUAAUGAAUUAACUUCACAGAGGCCAGUAUUCCAUCAUCAAGUCACUCUUUAGUUACACAGGGAGAGUCUUUGACACUGAUCCUACUCCCUUAGAGCCAGCUCUGAGUGAACAGAACCCCUGACAUUCCUGUCUAUAUCUGUCAGCCAG